GUCUUCUCUCUCCUCAGCUUCCGAUCUCACUGUUGUCCACAGGAACUACAGGUUAGGUCCCUCACUAGACUGUCUUCCUGCAGCAUCGAGGAUGGACCCGGACGACCCGUACGAGAGCCUGCCGAAGGAGAGUAGUCUGGCGGCGCAUUUGGGAGCGGGAGCUCUGGCAGGCAUGGCCGAACAUUGCAUAAUGUACCCCGUGGAUUCUGUCAAGACACGUAUGCAGAGUAUCAUACCCGAGCCCGGCGCGAGAUACCGUAGUAUCGCCCACGCCUUCAAAACCAUCAUCCGACAGGAAGGACUGCUGAGACCCGUGCGAGGCGUGAGCGUGGUGGCGGCGGGGGCGGGGCCCGCUCAUGCUCUGUACUUCUCGUGCUACGAGCAAAUGAAAAGGACUUUAGGUGGCAACAGUCGUGGAAUGGAGCCUGGACACUACCCCGUGGCCAAUGGUGCGGCAGGGUGUAUCGCAACAGUGUUUCAUGAUGCUUCCAUGAAUCCAGUAGACGUUGUGAAACAAAGACUGCAGAUGUACGGAAGUCCGUACAAAGGUGCAAUAGACUGCUUCCGGACUGUUCUCCGAACGGAAGGGGUGGGGGCGUUCUACAGGAGCUUCACCACACAAUUGACAAUGAACCUCCCCUUUCAAAGCAUCCACUUCAUGGUGUACGAGUUCAUGCAAGAGCAUUUCAACCCGUCGCAUGAAUACAACCCGGAGACCCAUCUCGUGUCGGGCGCCAUGGCGGGAGCGGUCGCCGCCGCCAUCACCACCCCAUUGGACGUUUGCAAAACCCUGUUGAACACGCAGGAGAAGAGAGUACGCAAUAAGAAGGCAGCAAUCUCAGGGAUGGUGGAUGCGUUCAGAACGGUUUAUCGCGUGGGGGGAUUCUUCGCGUACUUCAAAGGGGUGAGGGCGAGAGUGGUGUUCCAGAUGCCGGCCACGGCCAUAUCGUGGUCGGUAUACGAGCUGUUCAAACACCUGAUCACCAAGCAGCAGCGGUCGGCCCUGUACGCGAAAGAGAGCGGCCGCCAGGAGCCUAAACAGGACCUGGUGCUCCUCAGGCAAGACAAGAUGCCGUUAGCUGUCAAGUGAUGGUUCUUACACCAUGUAGGGCAAUAUACUGUUGUUAAGAUGUACCCUGUGCAGAGAUAGUGUCAAAAAAUAUUACAUGUGUAUCUCAGCAGUUGUGGGUAAUUCACAAAGAAAAAAAUAUAAAUUUCACACAAUAUGAUCUUAACAGCUCCCAGCCCUACUAUUAGUACUAAGUCAACUAAUGGACAAUAAAAUUGCAGAGAUGAAUCCAAUCUAAUUGAAAACACAAGACGAUACGCCGCACACAAGUUUCUGUCAGCUUGCAUUAUUGUGAGAUUCAUCCCCUAUCCUCUAAACAUGCGAGAGGAAUUUUUGUGGUAGCCCAUGUGUUGUAGUGGUCAGAUGUAAGCAAAGGGGCCACCAUAUGUUCUACUAGUUCUUACCAAACAAAGAGCAAUUGCAAACUUUGGGAAUUGUCACUGCAGCCAUAAGCAUCGUUGAGAAACUUUUUACCCAAGCUGUGAUUUUGAAGUAUUCCUUGCAUCUUACUUUGUCCAAAAUCUUGUGUUCAACAGUCCAAAACAUGGCAGACAGUAAGGGAUUUGUAAGGCCACACCAUCUUAUCUUCUUGGUUUUUUUCUUGACACUUUAAGUUUAAAGAAACAAUCUAGCAAGAGAUCAACAUAAGAAUAGUAGUUAAGUGGAAAUAGUCUAUUAUUACGUGUAACUCCCGUAUACUGUGUGUUCCAGUUCAGAAAUAUUCUUUUUUUUUAAUUCUAGCACAAACAAAUUGAAAUGGUGUGGUCGUAUCAUUGUCAGAUGGGGCAGGGCAAUGCGGUUAGAAAUGUGGAAUUGGAAUAAGAGCAAGAUAUUUUUGCAGAAAGUGUACAUAUAUAUAUUGUGUCCACAUAUAUAUAUAUAAUGAUUGGUUCAACUAGAGCUUUAUGAUAGAAGUGCCGGAUAAUCACAGUCAGUUAAGGGAGGAAGGGAAUGGAAAGUCGAUUUUGAUUUGAUAUUGGAAAAUGGCAAAUAUAAGAUGUGUGUUAACAACUGGAAUA